ACUCCGACGUGCAGUUAGUGGCGUGUUCUUUCACGAAACACCGACUCUGUCAUUCCAUCUGUUUUUACACCCUGCUAAGUUCCGUUAUAUAAUUUCAUCGUGAUCAAGUCUUCGCUUUACUAUCGGUCCAUUUGCCUUUUCGCACCCUGAGCAACUAUCUCAAAUGGCGCGAACAAACCCGAAAACUCGAUAUUCCGAAAACAAACGGCACUCCGAUUUGCCGCAUUUCGAAUCAGUUGUUAGAAUCUCCAACCUUCCUAUUGUAGAAAACAGUAUACAUAUCGCUGGUAACGUCUACGAUAGACUAAAGCGUUCAAAUUCAUUGAUGUGCUGGAGUUUAUGUACUGCUGAACAAUCACUUGCAAUUGCAACAGCGUCAGCGAAACCUGCGAUUUCCGUAUUAAAUGGGCCUAUUAUGACGAUCGAUCAAUUGCUCUGUAAAGGUAUCGAUAUCGUUGAACAGAGAGUACCAGCCGUGCAUCUUCCUCCGCAUCUUAUAUACUGCAAUGCGCGAGAAUAUGUGAACAACAAAAUCGUGAGGCCUGUUCUAAUGCGUGCCGGAAGCGUGAAACUGAUAGGAAGCCAAGCCGCGAACGCAGCGGUAGAUAGAUUAGACGGGGCUCUGACUGUCGCAGAUAAAUAUGUUGAUCGUUACUUGCCUGCUGAUUCUACCGAUACAGUAGACCAUGAUUCUUCUCCAUCUGAACCUGUGAGUAAGACCACACGAACUAUCAAACACGGUGCCAGGCUAUCUAGGAAAUUACAAAAACGGCUAACGCGUCGCACAUUAGCAGAAGCUCGAGCACUUAAGGAACAAGGAACGGAAUGCAUUCAUAUACUUUUGUAUAUUGUAGAAUUGUUAGCAACGGAUCCAAAAUUAGCGUUUAAGAAGGCGAAAGAACUUUGGGGAACAUUAAGUUUGCCUGAACCAGAAAACCAAGCUCGACCAGCUACUCUAGAACAGUUAUUGGUUCUUUUAACGCGUGAAUCUGCGCGUCGUAUUGUUCAUCUAGUGAAUGGGACAACAGCGUUAGCAGCUAGAACUCCGCGCAAUCUUGGUAGACUUCUCAUUGGAGUGUCGCAUCAAUUGCUCGUAGUUGCGGAUGCUACUUUCAGAAUGAUGCCAAUUAUCGGUAAAAGGGGUGCAGCAAAAGAACAAAUUUUUGCCAUUAAUUUGGCUAUACAAAGGCUCAAUUCAUCUACAAAUCAUUUAUUGGAGCAGUUCGCAACUUUUCUAGCUGGUCGCCCAUGUGUUUCCAAAGUAACACAUGCAAAGAGUCAUCAACAAAACCACAACAACCACAUGUCGAUGUCUUCAAAACCUCCCGUAAAUGGUAUCGAUACUAUCGAGUAACAAAAUUGUAGUUAUAAGUUAUUUUGCGUAAGUUCCGUCUAUGAUAGCAUUUAUUUCAAGGUUGAUAACUAUGUAUCAGGAAAAUUCCUCAUUGAAAUUUCUCAGAUAAAUAAUAUCCACCGAAAUAUUAUAAUAUAGUUUUCGAACACAUUAUACUCCCACACUCACAUUAAGCAAUUAAUGAAUAUUUCUCUUAUAUCGAAAACACAGUGUAUCCGUGUCAUUCCUAGUUUUCAAUUCUUGAAUUUAUAUUUAGUACAUAAACUAUAAUAUGUCUAGAAACAAGAAAGUGCAAAAAUAAAUAUUAUGAUAAUUUCACAGUCAUUACGAUGUCAUUAAAAAAUGGUCUAUUUGUUUUGUUGACUCGAAGUAGAUUAUACAUUCUUGCUCGUAUAUAUCUUUAAGAAGCUUGUUAUUGAUGUCUCGUUAUGAUUGUACUAAACAUAUUGAAUAUAAUAUAUAUAAGUUGUGUUUGUGUUUAAUCCAAUGCAGAUAUCUUCGAUUAGUUUAUGCAUACAUAAUUAUCUUAAUAUGCCUAUUACAUUUUAUUUCAUUGAAUGAUAUAAUUUAAUAAACUUCAAUUUUUAAAUUAUUCAAACAAAUUUCGCAAUAGUUAGAAAAGUAAUAAAGAAUAGUACGUUGCAAAUGAGUAAGCGAAUUUAGAUAAGUAAUUUUUUCAAAGCAUUAAUAUUACUUUGAACCUAAUUAUCGCUUCUGUUAUCAAAGCUAAUGAAACUAGAUUUUGUAACUAGUACAUUAAUGUGUUUUAACUAACUGAUAAGGUAUACACACGCACACAUACACCCAGAAACAAUUGAAUUAAUAAUUUCACUUUUUAGCAACAGAAUGAUAUUACGAUUUAAAUUGUGAAGUAACAGAAUCUCUCUCCUCUCCCCCUCAUGCUUUAUUUUCAAUUGUUCAAGAUAAACUGUAAUCUGUAUCUCUGUAAUCAUUAUUAUUACUCUGCUAUAAUAUUAUAUUUAAUCUUUUUAGUUAUAUAAAUUUGUUUUUGCAAGAAUAUUAUUCAUUCUACAAGUAUAGCUUAUAUUCUUAUCCAUGUUCAAUUUAAAAUAUUGAAAAUAAUAUCAGUAUUUCAGUUGUAUAGGAAUAAAUUUUUAUGUCUUCAAAUCAUUGAUUUUAAAAUAGAUAUAAUAUGAUAAAUGUUUUAUCAAUACAAAAUACAGAAAAAUGGUGAAUAUAAAUUGGGUAUAAUAUAUUGUUAUUGAGGGAUAAUAUAUAAAAAUAUACACGUAUAUGUAAGUAAAACUAGCACAUGUUAAAUUAGAAUUAAUGCUAAUUACUCAUUAUAUAUUAUUCUAUGUAGCUCCAACAUUAAAAUAAACAUCAAAAUAAAUAAAAUUAAUUAAU